GGUUGUAAGGCGAACCGAAAGAAGGGGAAGGAUUAGAGGGCACAUGUGCUAGAUCAGUACCGGCAGAUAUUAUAAUAACGUCUGGUAGAUGCUAUGGAGGCCAAUACUAAUGGAUGCCCUUUAAGCAAAGAAGAUCAAAAAGUGAAGCGUCUCAAAACAUCACAAACAGAACUGGAGGAAUUUGAUGCAGUAUUCAAAGAUUUGGUGGAUGGACUGGUGAACCAGGGGAGACAACACAAGGAAAUAUCAGCCACAGUUGAUUGGUUUAAAGAGGUAUGCCUGUACAACGUACCAUUUGGAAAGAAGACUCGUGGCCUCUCUGUGGUGAUGACUUAUAAGAGGAUUAAUACCAAUGCAACAGAGAGCGAGCUCCGGCAGGCUAGGAUACUUGGCUGGUGUAUAGAAUGGCUGCAGGCCUUUUUCCUUGUGGCUGAUGAUGUGAUGGAUAAGUCAAUUACUCGGCGAGGAAAACCGUGCUGGUACAAAAAGAAAGAUGUUGGGUUGGUCGCUGUCAAUGAUGCUUUUUACUUGGAAACCUGUGUUUAUGCAAUCUUGAGAAAACACUUUAAACAAGAAGACUACUACACAGAUAUUGUCGACUUAUUUCAUGAGACAACAAUGCAAACUGUCACGGGUCAGUGCUUGGAUCUAAUAACCUCCCCCGAGACCCGUAUUAACUUUGAUGAGUUAACUAUGGAGAGAUAUACAGCUAUCGCUAAGUGGAAGACAGCAUUUUACUCCUUUUAUCUCCCUGUUGCCCUGGCCAUGUAUAUGGCUGGAAUCAAAGACACAGUCACACAUGAGGCUGCCAAGGCCAUUUUAUUGAAAAUGGGAAUAUUUUAUCAAAUUCAGGAUGACUACCUGGAUUGUUUUGGUGACCCAAAGGUCAUGGGUAAGAUUGGAACUGACAUCCAGGACAACAAAUGUAGCUGGUUAAUUCUACAAGCUCUCUCCAAGGUUACACAACAGCAACGACAGAUCUUAGAGGAGAACUAUGGACAAGCUGAGGAGGAGAAAGUGUUAAAUGUGAAGGCUGUGUACAAAGCCUUGGACUUAGAGCAGGUUUACCGUGACUAUGAGGAGGAGAGUUACAGAGAACUCAACAAAGACAUCCAGUCAUUCCAGGGCCAGCUCCCUAAGGAUGUCUUUACUGACUUCGCUAACAAAAUCUACAAAAGGAACAAGUGACAUCACAGCUGGGUAAUCUCUACAAUGCACAAAGUAACGUGUUAUACAAUGGAAUAGUAUGGAAUCAAGUGAGGAGUCCUAUUUGAUAAGACAAGUGAUAAUUAUAUAUAUAUGUAAGUUGUUGAAAUAUAGAAUUAUGGUUAUUUUUCUUAAUGCUGAUAUUACUGGAGACAUGUAAAUGCUGUCAGUGAAAAAAAUACCUAAUUUUUAUAUAUCAGAAAGAUUGAAUUCACCUAGUUGAGAUAAUUCAAAAUAAUUGUAUGGAGUAAUACUCUAUGUCACAAUCGCCUUUUAUUUACAUUUUAGUCUGAUAAUUGUAUUGCCAUUCUCAUAAUGACGUGAUAUGUAUCCCUGAUAAUACAUGUACUAGCUUCAGUAUACUCUACCACUUGGAUUGAGAGAUCUUCUCUGUAGCUCCAUCUAUAGUUAUUGCGUAAGACUACACAUAGCUAGUAAGCCAGAGGUCCUUGGUUCAAUCUUAGUUGAAGCAUUGACAUCUUGUCUAUUGUUACAUUAGCGUACA